AUGCCUAUCUUCCGGAACCAUCGGCAUUGCACGAGACAAAUGCUUGGACCUACUCCCCUUGUCUUGGGACAUGUGACUUCUAGAUGCAAAGUAGCACCCCCUAAAUCUAUAGAGAUAGCGAAGAGGGCUACGGAUGUUGAGGUUGAAGGAAAUCGAUCUAACGGGUUUAGGUCGUCCGUUGUAGCUACUUCCUAUGUUCGAGCCGAGAGGUAUGACCCUAUGCAUUUUGAGCUUGCUGGCAAUUCGAUGGUUGGGAACGAGUUGGGAGAAAUGACGAAGGUUGAAGCGACCUCUUGCGGGACAUGA